CAGGCUCAUCCGUCCGUGCGUGAGAAUGACGCACAGCGGCGGCGGAGAUGAAGCACCGCUGGCUCUGGAUGUGACCGACGCGGGCCGUUACAAGCACAACAGCGAUAAAACUCGGAGAAAUAUGUAGUCUGCAGUCUGCUUGUUUAAAUUCAAAACAGCUAAAAUGAGAGGGAAUUUCGUUUGUAUCCAGGCGCAUAGCGCCGAAUCGGAUUCUCACUGACGAAGGACACGGCUACGCGUCGUCGUCGGGAACCGGGAGAUGGACGAGAGGACUGCGGUAACCGGGGAGGACGGAAGACCGAGCGGGGCAGCAGCCCCCGGCCUCUCUCUGCAUCUGGACCUGGGAGACACUGAUCUGGCCAGGAGGGCUCACAUAACCGAGAUGCCGUCCCCAUUCGGAGCAGGCGUGGCCCAUGAGAAGAAGAUUGGCCACAGGAGAGUGGACGCCUCUGGAGAGACAACAUACAAAAAGACCACCUCCUCUGCUUUGAAAGGGGCCAUCCAGCUGGGCAUUGGAUACACUGUUGGCAACCUCAGCUCCAAGCCUGAGAGAGAUGUGCUGAUGCAGGACUUUUAUGUGGUCGAAAGCAUCUUCUUCCCCAGUGAGGGCAGCAACCUGACUCCGGCCCACCACUACCCAGACUUCAGGUUUAAAACCUACGCCCCUGUGGCCUUCCGCUACUUCCGAGAGCUUUUUGGGAUCCGACCGGAUGACUACCUGUAUUCGCUAUGCAACGAGCCACUGAUUGAGUUGUCAAACCCGGGAGCGAGUGGAUCCAUAUUCUACGUCACCCGUGAUGAUGAGUUUAUCAUCAAAACUGUCCAGCACAAGGAGGCGGAGUUUCUACAGAAACUACUCCCUGGAUACUACAUGAACUUGAACCAGAAUCCCCGGACUUUGCUGCCCAAGUUCUUUGGUCUGUACUGUGUCCAGAGCGGAGGCAAGAACAUCCGAAUCGUCGUGAUGAACAAUGUUUUACCGCGUGUUGUGUGCAUGCACCUCAAGUUCGACCUCAAGGGCUCUACGUACAAGAGGCGAGCAUCCAAGAAGGAGCGGGAGAAGUCCAAACCCACCUUUAAAGACCUGGACUUCCUGAGUGACGUUCCUGAUGGUCUCACGCUGGACCAAGACACAUACAGUGCCCUGGUCAAAACCCUGCAGAGAGACUGUUUGGUUCUGGAGAGUUUUAAGAUCAUGGACUACAGUUUGUUGCUUGGGGUCCACAACCAGACCCAGGCAGAGAGAGAGCAGCAGUCCCAGGGCUCACCUGCAGGUGGCGACGAAAAGAGGCCUGCAGCCCAGAGAGCCUUGUACUCCACUGCCAUGGAGUCUAUACAGGGCGGUUCUACUUGCAGGGACACACUGGACCAUGACGAUACGAUGGGAGGUAUUCCAGCCACAGGUGGUAAAGGAGAGCGCCUCUUGCUGUUCAUUGGAAUCAUUGACAUCCUGCAGUCCUACAGGAUGAUUAAGAAACUGGAGCACUCGUGGAAAUCCCUAAUCCAUGACGGGGACACUGUGUCAGUUCACAGACCUGGUUUCUACGCUGAAAGAUUCUACAAAUUCUGCAGCACCACUGUCUUCCGGAAGAGCUGCUCGCUGCGGUCGUCUCCAUCCAAGAAGGGACGAGGGGCUCGUUCGUUGGCCGGGCAGCGUCCCUCACUGAGUGAUGAGAAACAGGAAAACCUGGACAACUUGGAGAACUUACGAGGAGCCCGCAGCUUCCCCAUGCUGGAGGAUGAUGGGAGAGAGCCGCCCUGCACUCCUCCUUCCUUUGAGGAUGCCACGACAGCAUCCAUCGCUACCACCCUCUCCUCCAACAACUCCUUACCCACCACCCCCUUUGAUACACCAGAGCACCCACGCUACAGGAGACAAAUGCACUCUCCAAAUGUGGCCAGGUCACAGCAGGAGGCGUUUGGAGUGCAUGGAGAAAAGCAGGAGACCAUCACAGUAGAGGUGGAGCUCAGUAGAGUCCCAAAGACCACAGAGCUCACACAAAUGACAGAAGUGACCUCAUCCUCCCCUUUCUCUUCUGGCCAUCAGUCCUCCCUCACUGCUGCCUCACCUGGCCACUCAUCCUCCACUCUUCCUCCAUCUGCUCAUUCCCUAACUCCUCCCUCAGCCUCUCAGUCCUGCACUCUUCCUGCUCCAAUCCCUCGUUCAGCCCCACAGUCCUCUGCUGCUCAUUCCUCGAUAACUCCUUCAGCUCUGCAAACCUCCACUCUGCCUCCUGCUUCAGCGUUUACCCCCAUUCACCCUUCGCCCCCUCACUCCUCCACCCUCAGUUCAUCUCACUUUCCCACCACCCCUCCAUCCUCCCUUCCCCCGAGCCCCCAGGUGCCCCGGCAAACCCCAAAUAUGUCGUCCAAUCAGCUGUCAAUGUCGAGCAGCCACAACUCGUUGGAUGGAGAGGUGCAGGUUUCCGACAUCUACUUUUAUGCAGAUGGCAGAUACUGGGUGUAUUCUCCAGUUCUUGGCCGCCGUAAGCUAAACUCUAGCUCAAGUUACAAUCAGGCUCAGGAGGAUCGGAGCUGGGUGUACUCUCCUCUACACUGCGGCUCAGAGUCCAGAAGGGGCUCAGAUGGGGAGAGUGAGACACAGUAAUUUGCUGGAACGUCUGUCUGUGGAAACGGAAGUGAUGGGGGAGCCAGAAGCUAAUUCUACCCAGAUAAGCUAUGAAGUAUCCUAAAGCCACCAGGACACAAAGUUUUGGUGAUGCUGGUUGCCCAGGCUAGCAUGUGGAGGCAUGUGGAGGCUUGCUUCACCAACUGUGACAGACUUAUACAAACAUACAUGCAGGAACAAGCAUAAUAAACAUAAAACACACACAUGCACACACACACACACACACACACACAGACAAAUGUGUUAUCUGAAUAGUAUGCAAAAAAAAAAAAAAAAAAAAAAAAAAAAAUUCAGCACCAAUUCCUGGAAUAUCUGACUGCAGUCAAGCAGAGAAAGAGACUAAAAUCAUUUGUUGCAAUCAGCUGUGGUACAAGGAGUGGCACUGUGGCUGGUUUUGUUGUGCUGUCGAACGUGCACGUCCGUGUUGGUAUCUCAAAGCCGUGAGUCAUAUUCUGAAUAUCAGCGUUCUUUUCUUGUUUCUCGGUGAACAAGUUUUGGUAUUUCAGAAAAAAAUAACAACAACAACAUGCUGUUGUCACGUCAGGUGUUAUUGUCAAGUCAGUCGUGCUGAUGGUGUUGAGGUCUCUCGUGUUUAACUGUACCAGCUCUGGCUAUGCAAAAUGGAUGAACGUGUUAACCUGAUUCUCCUCUUUGACUCAACUACUUCAGUAUUGAUUCUUGCAUUUAUUUUUAUUAACUUUCUAAAAGGGGGGUCAGCGCAUGUCUUUUCACAAAGUGUAAAGUGUACAUAAUCUUAUUUUUAGCACUUUAACUAUGUACAUCCAGCUGAGGUCUUUUGAAACUGUACAUGUUUUGUUAUCUUUUAUCUUGCUUUGAUCCAUGGUUUGAAGUUUUACUGUGUUGCGGUCAAUUAAUGUGUUUUUGUGUGUUAUGUAUGCACAGUAAAUGUACGCACAGUAAUCAAUCAGUGAUCUUUUUUUUUUUUUUUUUUU